UGGAGCGUGUGGAGUGGUGGCCCGGGAGCCUGGCGGUGCAGGUGGCCCCAGCUAAGCCAGGCAGGCUGGCUCCUCCCGUCGGCGCUCCCCGCCCUCCGCGCUCCCUCCGCCUACAGCGUCCCGGCUCUACAGGUGACCCGGCGGCGGGCGCCACCGCCACUCGGACGCCACCACCUUAGCUGCCAUCACCGCCGACUGGAGCCGCCACCUAAUCAGCAGGUGCCACCAUGCCGGUGAAGAAGUACCUGCUGAAGUGCCUGCACCGGCUGCAGAAGGGCCCAGGCUACACCUACAAGGAGCUGCUCCUGUGGUACUGCAGCAACACCAACACCCACGGCCCCAAGCGCAUCAUCUGCGAGGGGCCCAAGAAGAAGGCCGUGUGGUUCCUGCUCACGCUGCUCUUCGCCUGCCUGGUGUGCUGGCAGUGGGGCGUCUUCAUCCAGACCUACCUGAGCUGGGACGUCAGCGUUUCGCUCUCCAUGGGCUUCAAGACCAUGAACUUCCCCGCGGUCACCGUCUGCAAUUCCAGCCCCUUCCAGUACUCCAAGGUCAAGCACCUGCUGAAGGACCUGGACGAACUGAUGGAGGCUGUCCUGGACAGGAUCCUGGCUCCAGAGCCCAGCCACCCCAACACCACCGGUACCCUGAACUUCAGCAUCUGGAACCACACACCUCUGGUCUUUAUCGAUGAACGGAACCCUGACCACCCGGUGGUCCUCAGCUUGUUUGGGGACGGCUACAACAGCAGCAGCCCAGCCCCAGGAAGCACCUGCAAUGCCCAGGGGUGCAAGGUGGCCAUGAAGCUGUGCAGUGCCAACGGCACGGCGUGUACCUUCCGGAACUUCACCAGCGCCACCCAGGCCCUGACCGAGUGGUACAUCCUGCAGGCCACCAACAUCUUCUCGCAAGUGCUCCCCCAGGACCUGGUGGGGAUGGGCUAUGCCCCCGAUCGCAUCAUCCUAGCCUGCCUGUUCGGGACAGAGCCAUGCAGCCAUCGGAACUUCACUCGUAUUUUCUACCCUGAUUAUGGCAACUGUUACAUCUUCAACUGGGGCAUGACAGAGAAGGCGCUUCCUUCCACCAACCCUGGGUCUGAAUUCGGUCUCAAGUUAAUCCUGGACAUCGGCCAGGAGGACUACGUCCCCUUCCUGGCGUCCACAGCAGGGGCCAGGCUGCUGCUCCAUGAGCAGAGGACGUAUCCCUUCAUUAGAGAAGAGGGCAUCUACGCCAUGGCAGGAACAGAGACGUCCAUCGGGGUGCUGGUGGACAAGCUGCAGCGCAAGGGGGAGCCCUACAGUCCCUGCACCAUGAACGGCUCCGACGUUGCCAUUCGGAACCUCUACAGCGGCUACAACACUACCUACUCCAUCCAGGCUUGUCUUCACUCUUGUUUCCAAGACCACAUGAUCCGUAACUGCAGCUGUGGCCACUACUUGUACCCACUGCCUGUUGGGGAGAAAUACUGCAACAACAGGGACUUUCCAGACUGGGCCUACUGCUACCUAAGCCUACAGAUGAGUGUGGCCCAGAGAGAGACCUGCCUCAGCAUGUGCAAGGAAUCCUGCAAUGACACCCAGUACAAGAUGACCAUCUCCAUGGCUGACUGGCCUUCCGAGGCCUCUGAGGAUUGGAUCUUACAUGUCCUGUCUCAGGAACGAGACCAGAGCACAAAUAUCACCGUGAGCAGGAAGGGUGUGGUCAAGCUCAACAUCUACUUCCAAGAGUUCAACUACCGCACCAUUGAAGAAUCGCCGGCUAACAAUAUCGUGUGGCUGCUCUCUAACCUGGGCGGCCAGUUUGGCUUCUGGAUGGGGGGCUCGGUGCUGUGCCUCAUUGAGUUUGGGGAAAUCAUUAUCGACUUCAUUUGGAUCACCAUCAUCAAGCUGGUGGCCUCCUGCAAAGGCCUGCGCGGCAGGCGCCCUCGAGCAUCAUACACCGGCCCGCCACCCACCGUGGCUGAGCUGGUGGAGGCCCACACCAACUUCGGCUUCCAGCCUGACACAACCAGCCACAGUCCCCAUGCCGAGGUCUACCCUGACCAGCAGACCGUGCCCAUUCCGGGCACCCCGCCUCCCAACUAUGACUCCCUGAGGCUGCAGCCGCUGGACACCUUGGAAUCGGACAGUGAAGUUGAGGCCAUCUAGAUGCCGACCUCCACCCCCCACCCAGCAGAUGGUGAACUUGAAACUGAAGUCACAACCGUUGCCAGGGCCUCAUUUUACUAGGCCUUGUCUAAAGAGCCAGGUGCACAGGUGACCAAGCCAGGGCCCAUGUGCCUCUGGCCAGUCCCAGGCUGAGUGUACAUAGGGUCAAGACGCUGGUGCCAGAAUACUGAACUUGCCUGGCUCCUGCCCACACUUCCCACAGCUUUUGCCCUGUCGUCUUUUGGCCUGAUAGAUGGGCUCCAGAGACCCCUGGAGCCCCUCUCUCGGUGACAGGCCACUUCCCUCUCAGUCCUCACCACUUCAGUGUCCCAGACCAGUGACCUUGCCCUAGUCAGCAUGGCUGACCUCUGUUAACAGAUUUUGGGAGGGGACAUGAGGUAAGAAGGCUUGCCAGGGGAACGCAUGCUGUGUUUGGAAAAAUAAAGAGAGGAAACACUG